AUCUUCUUUCACUUGGCUUCGAACCACCAUCCGACGAAGAUGAUCCGAAACGGCGCGCUCUUCCUGAUCCUGGCCCUGUCCACGGUCUACGCGGAAAUUGUACAGUGGACGCCAUGUCCUAACUCUGAAAAUAGCGAUUCAGUUUGUACUAUACACGAAGUACGUGUAGAUCCAUGCAGGGAAGCUGCAGAAAGAAAGCCAUGUGCUUUAAAAAAAGGUCACAAUGCAAGCAUAAGUUUUGACUAUACCACCGAAUUCAGUAGUGACACGUUGAAGAGCAGAGCAUUUUGGGCUUCGGAAAUCGUUGAUUUACCAUUUUUGGGCAUGCCACUUGAUGCUUGUUUAUCCACUGCUUGUCCAGCUAUACCUUCUCAAAAGCAAACAUACACAGUGCAAUUGCCGAUCUCUAAAAAAUUCCCUGCGCGAACGUAUAAUCUCAAAUGGAAACUAUGGAACUCAGAAGACCAAGAAUGCUGUUUUAUGUUCCAAAUUAAAUUGGUGAAGUAAAGUUGUUGUUCUUAAAAAUCUAUGUGUCAUCUUUCGCAAUGAUUAUAAUUCGCCGAUCAAUAAUUUAAUGAAAUAAACGAUAUAUCCAUAUUAA